CAGGUACCCCGUCAACUUGAACUCUUUCUCCUAGAGACUUGCCUUUGAGAAGCCAAAGGGGCAGCAAUGGCAGAUGCAGAGAUGUCAUCAUUCGGGGCUGCAGCACCCUUUCUGCGCAAGUCGGAGAAGGAGCGGCUGGAAGCCCAGACCCGGCCAUUUGACCUCAAGAAGGAUGUCUUCGUGCCUGAUGACAAAGAAGAGUUUGUCAAGGCCAAGAUUGUGUCUCGGGAAGGCGGCAAAGUCACUGCUGAGACAGAGAAUGGCAAGACGGUGACCGUGAAGGAGGAUCAGGUGCUACAGCAGAACCCACCCAAAUUUGAUAAGAUUGAGGACAUGGCCAUGCUGACCUUCCUGCACGAGCCUGCCGUGCUUUUCAACCUCAAGGAGCGCUAUGCCUCCUGGAUGAUCUAUACAUACUCCGGCCUCUUCUGUGUCACCGUGAACCCCUAUAAGUGGCUGCCUGUGUACAAUGCCGAGGUGGUGGCUGCAUAUCGGGGCAAGAAGAGAAGCGAGGCCCCACCCCACAUUUUCUCCAUCUCAGACAAUGCCUAUCAGUACAUGCUGACAGACAGAGAAAACCAGUCCAUCCUCAUCACUGGAGAAUCCGGGGCAGGGAAAACAGUCAACACCAAGAGGGUGAUUCAGUACUUUGCUGUCAUUGCUGCCAUUGGGGACCGCAGCAAGAAGGACCAGAACCCAGGCAAGGGCACCCUGGAGGACCAGAUCAUCCAGGCCAAUCCCGCUCUAGAGGCCUUUGGCAAUGCCAAGACAGUGCGGAAUGACAACUCAUCCCGUUUCGGGAAAUUCAUUCGAAUCCAUUUUGGGGCCACUGGAAAGUUGGCAUCUGCUGAUAUUGAGACCUAUCUCCUGGAGAAGUCCAGAGUUAUUUUCCAGCUGAAGUCAGAGAGAGAUUAUCACAUUUUCUACCAAAUCCUGUCUAACAAAAAGCCAGAGUUAUUAGACAUGCUGCUGAUCACCAACAACCCCUAUGAUUAUGCGUUCAUCUCCCAAGGAGAGACCACAGUGGCUUCCAUCGAUGACUCUGAGGAGCUCCUGGCCACUGAUAGCGCCUUUGAUGUGCUGGGCUUCACUCCCGAGGAGAAGAGCUCCAUCUACAAGCUGACGGGUGCCAUCAUGCAUUUUGGGAACAUGAAAUUCAAGCAGAAACAGCGAGAGGAGCAGGCCGAGCCUGAUGGCACCGAAGAGGCUGACAAGUCUGCCUACCUCAUGGGGCUGAACUCGGCUGACCUGCUCAAGGGGCUGUGCCACCCCCGGGUGAAAGUGGGCAAUGAGUAUGUCACCAAAGGGCAGAAUGUCCAACAGGUGUCAUAUGCCAUUGGCGCCCUGGCCAAGUCUGUGUAUGAGAAGAUGUUCAACUGGAUGGUGACACGCAUCAACGCCAGCCUGGAGACCAAGCAGCCGCGCCAGUACUUCAUAGGGGUCCUGGACAUCGCUGGCUUUGAGAUCUUUGAUUUCAACAGCUUCGAGCAGCUGUGCAUCAACUUCACCAAUGAGAAGCUGCAGCAGUUCUUCAAUCACCACAUGUUCGUGCUGGAGCAGGAAGAGUACAAGAAGGAGGGCAUCGAGUGGGAGUUCAUCGACUUUGGCAUGGACCUGCAGGCCUGCAUUGACCUCAUCGAGAAGCCCAUGGGCAUCAUGUCCAUCCUGGAGGAAGAGUGCAUGUUCCCCAAGGCCUCUGACAUGACCUUCAAGGCCAAGUUGUAUGACAACCACCUGGGCAAGUCCAACAACUUCCAGAAGCCCCGCAAUGUCAAGGGCAAGCAGGAAGCCCACUUCUCACUAGUACAUUAUGCUGGCACUGUGGACUACAACAUCCUUGGAUGGCUGCAAAAGAACAAAGACCCACUGAAUGAGACAGUGGUGGGCUUGUACCAGAAGUCCUCCCUCAAGUUGCUCAGCAACCUGUUUGCCAAUUAUGCUGGAGCUGACGCACCUGCUGACAAGGGCAAAGGCAAAGCCAAGAAAGGCUCCUCCUUCCAGACAGUGUCAGCUGUGCACAGGGAAAACCUGAACAAGCUGAUGACCAACUUGCGCUCAACACACCCCCACUUCGUGCGUUGCAUCAUCCCCAAUGAGACAAAAUCUCCAGGGGUGAUGGACAAUCCCCUGGUCAUGCACCAGCUCCGCUGUAAUGGUGUGCUGGAGGGAAUCCGCAUCUGCAGGAAGGGCUUCCCCAAUCGCAUCCUCUAUGGGGACUUCCGCCAGCGGUACCGCAUCCUGAACCCCGCCGCCAUCCCCGAGGGCCAGUUCAUUGACAGUAAGAAAGGAGCAGAGAAGCUGCUGGGCUCACUGGACAUUGACCACAACCAGUACAAGUUUGGCCACACCAAGGUGUUCUUCAAGGCGGGGCUACUAGGGCAGCUGGAGGAGAUGCGAGACGAGAGGCUGAGCCGCAUCAUCACCCGAAUCCAAGCUCAGUCCCGGGGUGUGCUCUCCAGAAUGGAGUUCAAGAAGCUGCUAGAGCGCAGGGAUGCCCUACUAGUCAUCCAGUGGAAUAUCCGGGCCUUCAUGGGGGUCAAGAACUGGCCCUGGAUGAAACUCUACUUUAAGAUCAAGCCACUGUUGAAGACUGCUGAGACAGAGAAGGAGAUGGCCAACAUGAAGGAGGAGUUUGGGCGCCUCAAGGAGGCACUGGAGAAAUCCGAGGCUCGGCGCAAGGAACUAGAGGAGAAGAUGGUGUCACUGCUGCAGGAGAAGAAUGACCUACAGCUCCAAGUGCAAGCGGAACAGGACAACCUGGCUGACGCAGAGGAGCGCUGUGACCAGCUGAUCAAGAACAAGAUCCAGCUGGAGGCCAAGGUGAAGGAGAUGACAGAGAGGAUGGAGGAUGAGGAGGAGAUGAAUGCUGAGCUCACUGCCAAGAAGCGUAAGCUGGAAGACGAGUGUUCAGAGCUCAAAAGGGACAUUGAUGACCUUGAGCUAACACUGGCCAAGGUGGAGAAAGAGAAGCAUGCAACAGAGAAUAAGGUGAAGAACCUGACAGAGGAGAUGGCUGGGCUGGAUGAGAUCAUCGCCAAACUGACCAAAGAGAAGAAAGCGCUGCAAGAGGCCCACCAGCAGGCUCUGGAUGACCUCCAGGCUGAAGAGGACAAGGUCAACACACUGACCAAAUCCAAGGUCAAGCUGGAGCAGCAGGUCGAUGAUCUGGAGGGCUCCCUGGAGCAGGAGAAAAAGGUGAGGAUGGACCUGGAGAGAGCCAAGAGGAAGCUGGAGGGUGACCUGAAGCUGACUCAGGAGAGCAUCAUGGACUUGGAGAAUGACAAGCAGCAGCUGGAAGAAAAGCUCAAGAAGAAAGAGUUCGACAUUAAUCAGCAGAACAGUAAGAUUGAAGACGAGCAGGCACUGGCUCUCCAGCUGCAGAAGAAGUUGAAAGAAAAUCAGGCACGCAUCGAGGAGCUGGAGGAGGAGCUGGAGGCCGAGCGCACAGCCAGGGCCAAGGUGGAGAAGCUGCGCUCUGACCUGUCCCGAGAGCUGGAGGAGAUCAGCGAGCGGCUGGAAGAGGCCGGCGGGGCCACGUCGGCGCAGAUCGAGAUGAACAAGAAGCGUGAGGCCGAGUUCCAGAAGAUGAGGCGCGACCUGGAGGAGGCCACGCUGCAGCACGAGGCCACGACGGCGGCCCUGCGCAAGAAGCACGCCGACAGCGUGGCUGAGCUGGGCGAGCAGAUCGACAACCUGCAGCGAGUUAAGCAGAAGCUGGAGAAGGAGAAGAGCGAGUUCAAGCUGGAGCUGGACGACGUUACCUCCAACAUGGAGCAGAUUAUCAAGGCCAAGGCUAACAUAGAGAAGAUGUGUCGCACCCUGGAAGAUCAAAUGAAUGAGCAUAGAACCAAGGCAGAGGAAACACAGCGUUCGGUCAAUGACCUCACCACCCAGAGGGCAAAACUGCAAACUGAGAAUGGUGAGCUGUCCCGGCAACUGGAUGAAAAAGAAGCGCUGAUCUCACAGCUGACCCGAGGCAAGCUUACCUAUACCCAGCAAAUGGAGGACCUCAAGAGGCAACUGGAGGAGGAGGUGAAGGCCAAAAAUGCCCUGGCACACGCGGUGCAGUCGGCCCGCCAUGACUGCGACCUGCUGCGUGAGCAGUACGAGGAGGAGACAGAGGCCAAGGCAGAGCUGCAGCGCGUCCUGUCCAAGGCCAACUCGGAGGUGGCCCAGUGGAGGACCAAGUACGAGACAGACGCCAUCCAGAGGACAGAGGAGCUGGAGGAAGCCAAGAAGAAGCUGGCCCAGAGACUGCAGGACGCCGAGGAGGCGGUGGAGGCCGUCAACGCCAAGUGCUCCUCGCUGGAGAAGACCAAGCACCGGCUGCAGAAUGAGAUCGAGGACCUCAUGGUGGACGUCGAGCGCUCCAACGCCGCUGCUGCAGCCCUGGACAAGAAGCAGAGGAAUUUCGACAAGAUCCUGGCUGAGUGGAAGCAGAAGUACGAGGAGUCGCAGUCGGAGCUCGAGUCCUCGCAGAAGGAGGCCCGCUCGCUCAGCACCGAGCUCUUCAAGCUCAAGAAUGCCUACGAGGAGUCGCUGGAGCACCUGGAGACCUACAAGCGCGAGAACAAGAACCUCCAGGAGGAGAUCUCCGACCUGACGGAGCAGCUGGGCGAGGGAGGCAAGAAUGUGCAUGAGCUGGAGAAGGUCCGCAAGCAGCUGGAGGUGGAGAAGAUGGAGCUGCAGUCGGCGCUGGAGGAGGCCGAGGCUUCCUUGGAGCAUGAGGAGGGCAAGAUCCUGCGGGCCCAGCUGGAGUUCAAUCAGAUCAAGGCCGAGAUUGAGAGGAAGCUGGCAGAGAAGGACGAGGAGAUGGAGCAAGCCAAACGCAACCACUUGCGCAUGGUGGACUCGCUGCAGACCUCCCUGGACUCAGAGACACGCAGCCGCAAUGAGGCCCUGCGGGUGAAGAAGAAGAUGGAGGGCGAUCUCAAUGAGAUGGAGAUCCAGCUCAGCCAUGCCAACCGCAUGGCUGCCGAGGCUCAGAAGCAAGUCAAGGGCCUCCAGGGCUUGCUGAAGGACACACAGGUUCAGCUAGACGACGCGGUCCAUGCCAAUGAUGAUCUGAAGGAGAACAGCGCCAUCGUGGACCGUCGCAACACUCUGCUACAAGCUGAGCUGGAGGAGUUGCGUGCUAUGGUGGAGCAGACAGAGCGCUCAAGGAAGCUGGCCGAGCAGGAACUGAUUGAGACCAGCGAGCGGGUGCAGCUGCUGCACUCACAGAACACCAGCCUCAUCAACCAGAAGAAGAAGAUGGAGUCAGAUGUGAGUCAGCUGCAUUCAGAAGUGGAAGAAGCAGUACAGGAGUGCAGGAACGCUGAGGAGAAGGCCAAGAAAGCUAUCACAGACGCUGCCAUGAUGGCAGAGGAGCUGAAGAAGGAGCAGGACACCAGUGCGCACCUGGAGCGCAUGAAGAAGAACAUGGAGCAGACCAUUAAGGACCUGCAGCACCGACUGGAUGAGGCUGAGCAGAUCGCCCUCAAGGGAGGCAAGAAGCAAGUGCAGAAACUGGAAGCCCGAGUGCGAGAGCUGGAGAAUGAGUUGGAGACUGAGCAGAAGCGCAAUGUGGAGUCUGUCAAGGGCAUGAGGAAGAGUGAGCGUCGCAUCAAGGAGCUCACCUACCAGACUGAGGAGGAUAGGAAGAACCUGCUGCGGCUACAGGACCUGGUGGACAAGCUGCAACUGAAGGUCAAGGCGUACAAGAGACAGGCUGAGGAGGCGGAGGAACAGGCCAACACCAAUUUGUCCAAGUUCCGCAAAGUGCAGCAUGAGCUGGAUGAGGCGGAGGAGCGGGCAGACAUCGCUGAGUCACAGGUCAACAAGCUUCGGGCCAAGAGCCGCGACAUUGGCACCAAAGGUUUGAACGAGGAGUAACCUGGCCAUUCCUCUUGCUGUGCCUGCUCAGCUUCAGGCCCUAGAGCCGACUACACACCCCUUUGGAGGAAGCAGAAUAAAGUGAUUUUCCUUGAAACUAAAA